GCAACUGUGGGCGAGCGGAAGAGUAUAUCCGUACAACGUGUCACUGCCCAGCCGGCCAUCGCUUCUCCUGACCGCGUUGGACAGGCGUCGGCCGGCCAUGGCGAGCACCGUGGUGAACCCGCACGACAAGAUGCGCGCCCGGGACGUCGGGCGCGUGGCCCGAGGGGAGCAGGCGCCCCGGCCACCGCACGAGCCCGGCAGCGUCGAUGACUCCCCGCCGCCGCCGCCGCCAGCCGAGGCCGAGGGCGGCACCACCGUGGAGCUGCGCACCGCGCCGUGCGACUUCCGCUUCCCGACCCAGAAUCAGACGCGCCACUGCUACGUGCGCUACCUCGAGUACCACAGGUGUAUGAAGGCCAAGGAAGGUGACAAGUCGGAGUGCGACAAGUUCCAGCGGUACUACAGGUCUCUUUGCCCGACGGACUGGGUUGUCGAGUGGAACAGGCAGCGGGAGGAAGGGAUAUUUCCGGGACCUAUAUGAUACAACCGGCGAUGCGUUUGUUUGUAUCCACUUCAUGUACCCGUCUAGUCUGUAAAAUACGUGCUGCUCUAGGCUCGAUGUGUGACUGUCUGUAACUCUGUACUUUUUGUCCGAGAAUCGAGUCACUUUGACCACUGUUGUUUACCGUUCAUCGAACAUGCUCGAUCAGGCCCGUUUGGAACAAAGGAACGUCUGGAUAUCACAACAUUUUGAAA